AUGUCUUUGAAAACCUUUUCCUGUAGAGCUCUGUUUAAAUUUGUGAACCGUGGUUUCGUCGCUUUGAGCAAACCGCUGAGUGCACGAGAUGCAGUAGCUAUCGCGAGCUCCGCCCGCGGCUACUACAACAACACCGGGAAACCCAGGUGCCCAGGACCGGGCGGGGCGGCCCACGUCCGGGUGGUGGACCUCCGCAGCGACACGGUGACCAAGCCCGGGCCGGCAAUGAGGCAGGCCAUGGCGGAGGCCGAGGUCGGAGAUGACGUGAUGAGAGAAGACCCGAGUGUAAACGAGUUACAGAAAAUUGCAGCUGAUAUGUUCGGGAUGGAGGCCGCUCUGUUCGUUCCCUCUGGAACCAUGAGUAAUCUCAUCGCAGUGAUGGUGCACUGCAGGGAGCGAGGCGACGAGAUGAUUGUCGGUGAUCUGUCACAUUUACACAUCUAUGAGCAAGGAGGGAGCGCCCAGCUGGCCGGUGUCCAUGCCACCACAGUAACCACCCUCCCUGAUGGCUCAUUUGACCUGGAGCAGCUAGAAUCGAAGAUCCGCCAUGGUUACCCCGACCCCCACUACCCCCGCUCACGCCUCAUAUGUGUUGAAAACACACACAACAUACAGGGAGGGCGUGUGCUACCUCUGACCUUCCUGCAGGAGGUUCGUGCUUUGGCAGAUAGAUAUGGUCUGUCAGUUCACAUGGAUGGAGCCAGGGUGAUGAACGCUGCUGUGGCCCAGGGGGUGCCUCCAUCCACCAUACUGCAGCACACACACACUGUGAGUGUGUGCCUCUCCAAGGGUUUGGGUGCCCCUGUGGGAACCAUGCUAGCUGGACCCCAAGACUUCAUAUACCGGGCUGUGCGGUGCCGUAAAGCCCUGGGUGGGGGGAUGCGGCAGGCUGGUAUACUGGCAGCAGCUGGACAACUGUCUUUACUAAAGAUGGUAGGACGACUGGAGGAGGAUCACCACAAUGCAAAAACGUUUGCUCAAGCUCUGCUCGACUGUGACCCUCCUCUAUUCGCUGUAGACAUGGCUGCCGUGGAGACAAACAUUCUGCGUUUCCGUCUACGGGAGACCAGUUUAAGCCCCUCUGAGUUCUGUGCCCGCAUGAGUGAGGUUGGCGAGAGAGAGGAGGCAGCACUGGGACAGGGGAUACAAGUUCUCAUGUACCCCCAUUUUGAAAAUUCAGUACGGGCUGUAUGGCAUCUUGGCAUUUCCCCUGAAGAUACCCUGCUGGCCAUCCAGAAACUGCAAUUUGUGGCUUCUCAGUUCUUGAAGGAUAAAGUCAGGGCCCAGUGAAACGGAUGGUUCUCAAGAGGUGUAGUUUAAUUACUAGGACUGUUCAUAGAACACUUUCACAUAUGAAUCUAGAAAAAUACUAUAAUAUGUCAACACAUAACACAUGAAACACUGAUCAACUGGAGUCACUUUGGAUAUCUUUAUAUCAUUAUUAAUUUCACUGAAUUCAGAGUUUUGUAAUCCUUAAAUUAAAUAAUGAAACCA